AUGGAGCAGACCUUCAUGACCAUCCACUCCACGGACCCUGAUGCAGUUAUCCUGUUCGUGUCCGACUCAGUCUUCGACAUCCUGGGUUAUAACCCCCAAGAGGUGCAGGGGAAAUCAUGCUUCGAGUUCUUCCACCCCGAGGAGGUGCCGUUCGCUCGCUCAAUUCACAGUCGCGGGGUCCUGCUGGACAAGGCCGCCGUGCUUCACUAUGUUCGCAUCCAGGCCCGAAAUGGCCAGUGGGUGAGUUGCGAGUGUUGCUUCACAGUCGUGCACGAUGUCCUGGUCGCUUGCACCAGUAUCUACCAACGAGGUGAAAGGAGUGAAAGGCGAGCCAUCGAGGCACCCCAGAUCCGUCGAAUCUUCUCGUCCUCUCCUCGGGACCCUCGCUACCACAUGCUCGAGCAUUUGUCACCCAAGUUCAGGAUGCCCCCAGUGGAGCGCGAGCCGCGCGCCGCUCUCAUUCUCAACAGGUUCACCCGGACCCUGACUGUCAUGUUCGCUACGAACGCCGUAGCCUCCAUCCUUGGUGUCCGGCCGGACCAGAUCAAAGAUAAGAGCUUCUAUGAAUGCAUUCAGGAGAACUGCCUUCCCGAUGCCAUCCGUUGCCUGGAAAGUGCCAAAGCCAACGACUCCAUUGCCUACCUUCGAUUUUGGUACAGAGACCCGCGUCGACCGGAGGAUUUUGAGGAUGAAGAUGACGACGAGGAGCAUAACAGUGGGAACUCCAGCGAUUCUGAGGGUGGAGGCGUGCAGCUUGAUGGCCGCAUGGACGUUGACGACGAACCUGCCAUCAAGCAAGAAGACACCGGUCGGCCCGACUUGUCAACCCACAGCUCUGCACAGACGGCAACCACGACGGCUUCCGGUUCGAGCAGCCGGACACAGCAGACCUCUGCAACGACCGCCCCGCCACUCGACGGGCCGGCACCUCGGAGGUCACCGCCUGCCGAGCCUCUGAGAAACCGGCGCCGUGAACCAAUCCCAACAUUCGAGCUCGAGGCCGUCGUGUCCUGCACGUCUGACGGGCUGGUUGUCGUGCUACGGAAAGCUCGCCCACCUAUUCCGGCACCUCACCCACCCCUGGUCACGCCUACAUACACCAACGGUCUUUUCGCCGCGCCAUGGGGACAUCAUCCGAUUCGGCCCCAAGGUCCCCAAGAAAUGCUCUACGCAUUCAGGCCCCCUCUCAUGCCACAGUAUAUGCCUCUGCACGACAACGUCAUGGCCAUCGGCGGUCCUCCGGUGGAUCAUCUCAUGAGCUCCAUCCGAGACGUUGCCGUUUUCGCCUGGGCUCUCGUUGGUAUCAACGGCAAUCUUGCUACUUACACCCGUGGUUUACCUCGUGGCGAGGCACAGCCUGACGGACUUCCGGUGUGGGAUCCGAGUGCUGGCAAUAUGUCCUACCUUGGACCGGAAAACCAGGCGGUUCAUCGCUGGGCACAGUACGACGAGAAACACAAGAGUGGUUUCGGAUCAUCGUCCUCCGGAUACCAACAGCCACAGGCGCAAGAAACAUCGUCGAGUUAUACUCAUGCUCCCCAAAUUGGCAGGAGCAACUACACAUACUCCCAGCCUCCCCCGACAUGGCCUGGGCUCCAGCCUGCGUACACGUCUGCGUAUGAUCAGUAUGGCAGACCUAAUCACAAUCACCCCCCACAUCAUCCACAGCAGCAUAGUGAGCACCAGCAUUACCAACAGCAAGGGCAACACCAACAGCCUCCGGGCUCUCGAGCUGCAUUGCAAGACCAGUCCUGGGGUGAGACCCCCCCACCGUACAAUGGUGGCGGACAUUCGAAUGGAGACUCAAAUCGGCACUCCAACAACGUUCCCACCACAUCGGCUGGUCCAAACGAUUCAUCCCAUGGCUAUCGCUACCCCUGGCAGUAG